GCUGUGUUGUUGUAAUCUACUUCAGUACUGAGGUGACCACUUUGUUCUUUCCGAUCUUCUCAGAUUUGUAGUGACGAAAUCAAAAUUAAGGGACAUUUUCUACCUCAUCUUAUUUGCGAUGGCAGGGAAUUUCUGGCAGAGUUCGCAUUAUCUGCAGUGGGUCCUGGACAGGCAGGAUCUGAUGAAAGAGCGACAGAAAGAUCUGAAGUUUCUCACGGAAGAGGAUUACUGGAAAUUGCAGAUCUUCUUUGCAAACGUAAUCCAGGCCCUGGGAGAACACCUGAAGCUCAGGCAGCAAGUUAUUGCCACGGCAACAGUGUACUUCAAGCGCUUCUAUGCUAGAUACUCUCUGAAGAGUAUUGACCCCGUCCUCAUGGCCCCGACUUGUGUGUUCCUCGCGUCUAAAGUAGAGGAAUUUGGCGUUGUUUCCAACACUCGCCUCAUCUCAGCAGCUACGUCUGUAUUAAAAACAAGGUUUUCCUAUGCCUUCCCCAAGGAGUUUCCUUAUAGAAUGAACCAUAUAUUGGAGUGUGAAUUCUACUUGCUGGAACUAAUGGACUGCUGCCUGAUCGUGUACCACCCCUACAGACCCCUGCUGCAGUAUGUGCAGGACAUGGGGCAGGAAGACAUGCUGCUGCCGCUGGCCUGGAGAAUUGUGAAUGACACAUACAGGACUGACCUGUGUCUGCUCUACCCUCCUUUUAUGAUUGCGCUAGCCUGCCUCCAUGUAGCUUGUGUUGUGCAACAGAAAGAUGCAAGGCAGUGGUUUGCUGAGCUUUCUGUGGACAUGGAAAAGAUCCUGGAGAUUAUCCGAGUAAUCCUGAAGCUGUAUGACCAGUGGAAGAACUUUGACGACAGGAAGGAGAUGGCAGCCGUCCUGAACAAGAUGCCCAAGCCCAAACCCCCACCCAACAGUGAAAAUGACCAGAGUUCGAACGGGAAUCAGAACUCCUCCUACAGUCAGUCGUAGGUGUGGCACAAGACUGCAGACUGGACGAAGGGGACGAAGAUGAUGAUGAUGAUGACGACGACGAUGAUGACGAUGAUGCUGCAGACUGUUUGACACACCCUUUUCAGAGGAAGAGUGAAGCUAGAGGCCUUCUCCAGCACGUCCACCUAACCAGACCACACAGUCUUUCCAUUUCUGCGCUGGAUCAUGUGUACAACUCACAGGAGGCCAUCUGGCGACAGCCAACGCGCAAUGGAAGUCCUCUGACUCUGUGUGUUGCCUGGUUACUGUGUGAAUCAGGAGGAAACUGAAGUACCUUACGAACCAAAACUAAACUGUGCAGUGUAGU